UCUUUUCUUACAGUAAAAAAUGGCAUUUCAGAAGGCAGUGAAAGGAAACGCUCUCAUUGGAGGAGGAGCUCUCAUUGGAGGAGGUGCCAUAGCAACAGUUUUUGGCCUCUCUCAAUUUUCUCAGUAUAGAAACAAACACGGUACCUUUGUGCAUGUUCAAGCUGCAGAAGCUGUGACUGUUCCAAUAAAGAGCCAUUUCCCCACAAGAGAACAACAGAUUUUGGCGCUGCAAACCACAAGUGAAUUUGAUGUCCUUGUUAUAGGCGGAGGAGCAACAGGAUGUGGCUGUGCUUUAGAUGCAGUCACUAGAGGACUAAAAACAGCCCUUCUAGAAAGAGAUGAUUUCUCAUCAGGGACCAGCAGCAGGAGUACUAAAUUGAUCCAUGGUGGAGUGAGGUAUCUUCAGAAGGCCAUCAUGAAGUUGGAUUUUGAGCAGUACAAGAUGGUGAAAGAAGCACUUGAGGAGCGCGCAAAUCUGCUCGAAAUUGCUCCUCACCUAUCAGCUCCUUUGCCGAUAAUGCUACCUGUUUACAAAUGGUGGCAGUUGCCAUACUACUGGUUUGGAAUAAAACUAUAUGACCUCGUGGCUGGAAGUCAAUGUCUGAAAAGUAGUUAUGUCCUUAGCAAGUCAAGAGCCUUGGAGCUCUUUCCAAUGCUACGCAAAGACGAGCUUGUUGGAGCUAUUGUCUACUAUGACG